AUCCGAGCCCAUAAAAGAUAAAGCCUUAGCAAAACCUCCUAUAUUUAAAGUUUGUUCUUCCUAUUUUUUCUUCUCUUAUCAGCCGCAGCAAAACCCUAGCCAUUUCCUUCGGUUUUCGUUUUUGCUCCAUUUCAAUCCGCAAUCAUGAGUAAGCUUCAGAGUGAAGCUGUUAGAGAGGCUAUUACUGGGAUUAAAACUGACUCCGCUGAGAAAGGUCGUAAGUUCACUGAGACAAUUGAGCUCCAAAUUGGGCUCAAGAACUAUGACCCCCAAAAGGAUAAGCGUUUUAGUGGUUCUGUUAAGUUGCAACACAUCCCCCGUCCCAAGAUGAAGGUUUGCAUGCUGGGAGAUGCACAACAUGUGGAAGAGGCUGAGAGAAUAGGCUUGGAGUGGAUGGAUGUAGAGGCGUUGAAGAAGCUGAACAAGAACAAAAAAUUGGUGAAGAAACUGGCAAAGAAGUAUCAUGCUUUCCUUGCCUCAGAAGCAGUCAUCAAGCAGAUUCCUCGAUUGCUUGGUCCUGGUCUUAAUAAGGCAGGUAAGUUCCCCACCCUUGUCACCCAUCAAGAGCCCUUGGAGAACAAGGUGAAUGAGAUCAAGGCGACAGUCAAGUUCCAGCUGAAGAAGGUUCUCUGCAUGGGUGUUGCUGUUGGUAACUGCAGUAUGGAAGAGAAGCAAGUUUUCCAGAACGUGCAAAUGAGCGUCAAUUUCCUCGUUUCAUUGUUGAAGAAAAAUUGGCAAAAUGUCCGAUGCUUGUACCUGAAGAGUACCAUGGGCAAGCCAUACCGCAUUUUCUAAGUGUCGUUACGAUUUUGCUUGCUUUCUAGGAGCUGAGGUUUUGUUGGUUUUGUAGAGUACUUAAUUAAGCGCUAGUAUACUCAAAUUAUCACUUUUGAAUUUGAAUUUAAUGUCGGAAUAUUUUCUUGCGUAGUUUCAUUGUUAUUUGCAACUUGGAUUCUAUAUUCGGAAGGUUUAUUUGCUGUUGAUGCUUGA